GUGUGGCUUUGGCCCAGCGACAUGUGGAGGUGCAGGAAGGACCUCUUUACCGCACAGAGGGGUCCCACAUCACGCUGUGGUGCAAGGUGAGCGGCUACCAGGGCCCAGCAGAGCAGAACUUCCAGUGGUCCAUCUACCUGCCCUCGGCCCCCGAGCGGGAGGUGCAGAUCGUGAGCACCGUGGACCCCUCCUUCCCCUACGCCAUCUACACCCAGCGCGUGCGCAGCCGGGGGAUCUACGUGGAGCGGGUGCAGGGGGACGCCGUCCUGCUGCACAUCACCGAGCUGCAGGACCGGGAUGCCGGGGAGUACGAGUGCCACACGCCCAACACCGACGAGAGGUACUUUGGGAGUUACAGUGCCAAGAUGAACCUCGUGGUGAUCCCUGACUCACUGCGAGUGACGGCAGUCCCACAGACACUGAACAAAGUGGAACACGACUCCCUGGAACUGAAGUGCGAGGUAUCUAAGAGCACAGCCCAACACAGCCAUGUCUCCAUCGCCUGGUACCGGCAGCGAGGCAGUGAGGCGCCUGUGGAGGUCAUCUCCCUCAGCCGCGACUUUGUCCUGCGGGCUGGCAGCACCUAUGCUCAGCGGCAAGCCACAGGGGAUGUUCGCUUGGACAAAGUUGGGGAGACAACCUCAAAGCUCACCAUCUACAACCUUCACCCAUCGGAUCAGGGCGAGUUCUACUGCGAGGCAGCAGAGUGGAUCCAGGACCCUGACAAGUCUUGGUAUGCCAUGACCCGCAAGCGUUCCCAAGGUGCCAUCAUCAACGUGCAAGCCACUGAUAAGGAAUUCAGUGUCCGUCUGGAGACGGAGAAGCGGACGUACAUCGUGGGUGAGCCGGUGGAGUUUCGGUGCAUUCUGGAGGCACAGAAUGUCCCUGACCGUUACUUCUCCAUCUCCUGGGCCUUCAACAGCUCCCUCAUCGCCAGCCUGGGACCCAACGCCGUGCCGGUGCUCAAUAAUGACUUUGCCCAGCGUGAGGCCCUGGGCCAGCUCAAGGUAGCCAAAGAAAGCGACAACGUUUUUGUGCUGAAGAUCUACCGCCUCCGCCUUGAGGACAGUGGCAAGUACAACUGCCGGGUGACUGAGCGGGAGAAAACCGUGACGGGGGACUUCAUUGACAAGGAGAGCAAGCGGCCGAAGAACAUCCCCAUCACUGUCCUGCCGCUCAAGACCAGCAUCUCCUUGGAGAUUAUCAACAACGCCAGCAAUGUCUUGGAGGGGGAGAGCCUGCGCUUUGGCUGCAACGUGCGCUCGGGCGUCGGGCCCCAAAGCCGCUUCUCUCCAGCGGGCAGCACUGAGUUUCAUGACUUGGUCACCUUCACGCGCGACGGUGGGGUCCAGUGGGGCGACAGGUACGUGGGUUUCCGGACCCGCACAGCCAUCGAGAAGGCCGAAUCCAGCAACAAUGUGCGCCUGAGCAUCAGUAGGGCGAGCGACACGGAGGCCGGCAAGUACCAGUGCGUGGCUGAGCUCUGGAGGAAGAACUACAACAGCAGCUAGACGCGGCUGGCGGACAGGACCUCCAACCUGCUGGAAAUCAGGGUCCUGCGGCCAGUGACCAAGCUGCAAGUGAGCAAGUCAAAGCGGAGCAUCACUCUGGUGGAGAACCGGCCCAUUUCCCUCAACUGCUCAGUGAAAUCCCAGACCAGCCCUGACUCACACUUCGCUGUGCUGUGGUAUGUUCACAAGCCCUCUGACGCUGACGGCAAGCUCAUCCUGAAGACCACCCACAGCUCGGCCUUCGAGUAUGGCACCUAUGCGGAGGAGGAGGGGCUGCGGGGACGGCUACAGUUCGAGCGCUCGGCGUCUGGGGGGCUCUUCAGCCUGACGGUGCAGCGGGCCGAGGUCCGAGACAGUGGUAGCUACUACUGCCAUGUGGAAGAGUGGCUGCUCAGCCCCAAUCAUGCCUGGUACAAGCUGGCAGAGGAGGUGUCGGGGCGGACGGAGGUCACCGUCAAGCAACCAGAUAACCGCCUGCAGGUGAACCAGACCCACAAGAACAUCACGGUGCUGGAGAACCAGUGGGUGACCCUGGAGUGCCUGGUCAGCAGCCGGACCAGCCCCUCGUCCCAGCUCUCGGUGGAGUGGUACGUCUGGCGACCGGGCCACCCGGAGAAGGAGGCCGUGGCCCGGCUGAGCCGGCAGAACACCCUGCGCUAUGGGGACCUGGUGGCUCUGGGUGACUUGCGGAGCCGGCUGCACCUGGAGAGCCCGUCCCCAGGUCUCUACCUCCUCUCCAUCCAAAACGCCACUGUGCGGGACAGCGGGGCCUACGACUGCCGGGUGGAGGAGUGGCUCCUUGCCCCCAGCGACCGCUGGUGCAAGCGGGCGGAGGACCUCUCUGGACUCACCACCCUCACUGUUAAGCAGCCAGAUCCCACCUUGCAGGUGGACACGGCCACCGCCAACCUCACGGUGCAGGAGAAGGACUCCUUCCCGCUGGACUGCAGCAUCCUGUCCCGUUCCAGCCCAGAGUCCCACUUUGCAGUGACAUGGUACAACCUGCGGGCCAAAGAGGCGAGCGGCCAUGCAGAUGAGGAAGAGGCAGAGGAGGAGGAGAGGGAAGCAGUGCUGAGCGUGGGCCCUGACGCCAUCUUCAGCCCUGAGGCCAGUCGCUGGGAGGGCCGCCUGCGGUUCCAGAGGCUCUCAGCAGUGCUUUUCCGUCUGACGGUGCUACAAGCCAGCGGUGCUGACACAGGCAACUACUCCUGCCGUGUGGAGGAGUGGCUGGCGGACCCCAAUGGCGUGUGGUACCGGCUGGCAGAGGAGGAGUCAGGGAUGGUCGCCAUUCACGUGCAGGAUGCAGGCUCCACCCUGCAGUCUGUCAUCUGCUCCAAUGACGCCCUCUUCUACUUUGUGUUCUUCUACCCCUUCCCCAUCUUCGGCAUCUUGAUCAUCACCAUUCUUCUGGUGCGGUUCAAGAGCCGGAAUGCCAGCAAGAACUCGGAGGGCAAGAACGGGGUCCCCUUGCUGUGGAUCAAAGAGCCUCACCUCAACUACUCUCCCACUUGCCUUGAGCCGCCAGUCCUCAGCAUCCACCCAGGAACCAUAGACUAA